AUGAAGAUUAUCUACACAAUCCUUGCACUUGCAAUUUCCUUUCGUCUUGGCACUGCCGACAGAGUCCCUGGUCUUGUGGGAGCCCCAACAGAAGAAAAUGUCAAGCCACUGAUAGCUCCGCCCCCUGAGGCAUCACUGUAUGAUGUGUUCUAUGCAAAGGGUACCAGAGUUUAUGUGUGCAAUCCCGAAAAGACCGGAUUUCAGCAUUGGUACAAUGUUCAAACCCAUGCAGAGCUUUAUCCUACACGUGACGAAGAACCACCUUUUGACAAGCCUGGAAACCAAAUUGCCCUCAUGUCUGUAGCUCCUCUAAACCAAACUCAACAAAUGGCAUCUCCAAUGACCACAUAUCCUGUUAUUAUGUAUUAUCCAGAUGGCUCCUGGGUUGGUACUGAUCACCCAUUAAAGACCACUAGCAGAGAACCCGGAAGAGCAGAGCGUGGAGAUGGAGCCAAUAUCGAUGAUCACAUUGAACGGGCUGCCUACACAUCGACUAAUGGGUAUCUCUCGCACGCUCGCUAUGUUGUCCGGCUCAAUAGUCUUAAUGGACAGGUACCUUCACACGCAAGCUGUGUUACAAAGGGUACUCUUGAAAGCAGACCAUUCGAGGCCUUUUUCAUGUUUUACACUGAUGAACAAGGAUUUUCAGAAUUGAAUAGAGAGCAGGAAAUCUGGCAAAAGAUGGUAGCUGGUCUAGAAACAAUAAAGUUAAGAAUAGAAAACCCCCUUUAUUGGGUACUCAAGGUUGCAGGCAUAUGA